UGCAAGUACUCGUGUUCAGGUCAACUCACAAGCAAAACAGUCGCGUCCUUGUAACUUUAUUCGAACUCGUACGGUGGUGCCGAGAUGCUCAAUUUUGAAGAUGUCGAAGAGCGGGAUGGUGUUCGUCUUUCGUGGAAUGUAUGGCCCUCGUCUCGGAUAGAGGCAACGCGGACUGUGGUCCCGAUAUCAGCGCUUUAUACUCCAUUGAAGCAACGAGAGGAUCUUCCUCCAGUAUUAUACGAACCCGUGACGUGUAAACCCCCUUGUCGUGCUAUUCUCAAUCCGUAUUGUCAAAUCGAUAUCAGAGGCAAACUAUGGAUUUGUCCGUUUUGCUUGACCCGCAAUCCUUUCCCGCCACAUUAUAAAGAUAUCUCUAACACCAAUCUACCCGCCGAACUACUUCCAAAGUACACGACGAUUGAGUACACGCUAUCUCGUCCCGCUCAGGCUCCACCCGUCUUUCCUCUUUAUGCCGAAGACCUCAAAGCACUCCGUGACGCCCUUGUUGUCAGUCUCAGUUUGAUCCCACCAUAUGCAUUAGUUGGUCUCAUUACGUUCGGCACAAUGACACAAGUUCAUGAAUUGGGCUACGCAGAGUGCAGCAAAUCAUACGUCUUCCGUGGCGGCAAGGAGUACACGCAGAAACAGAUUCAGGAUAUGCUCGGACUCAGUACAACAACUCGCGCUGCACCCCGCGCUGGCCAACCCAUGCCCCAACAAGCUUUUGGAGCAGCCCGUUUCUUGCUUCCUGUUCAGCAAUGCGAAUUCCAACUCACUGGCAUUUUGGAGGCACUCGCUCGUGACCCUUGGCCUGUUGCCAAUGACAAGCGCGCUUUGCGUUGCACUGGUGUGGCCGUCAGUGUAGCCGUUGGACUCUUGGAGGUGCGUAUAUUGAUUGUGGGUCCAGGCAUGGUUGUCAGCAAUGAACUCAAGGAGCCUAUCCGCUCUCAUCACGACAUCGAACGGGACAGCGUCAAGCACUACAAACGUGCAGUAAAGUUCUAUGAAGGUCUGGCGAAGAGAGCAUCCAACAAUGGCCACGCUGUCGAUCUGUUUGCUGGUUGCUUGGAUCAAGUGGGCUUGCUAGAGAUGAAGUCAUUGCCAAACUCGACGAACGGUGUCAUUGUCCUAUCCGAUUCGUUUGCUACGUCGAUCUUCAAGCAAAGCUUCUUGCGUAUGUUCAAUAAGGACGACCAGGACUUCUUGCAGAUGGGUUUCAACGCGACGUUCGACGUACAGACAACGAAAGAACUGAAGGUUUCUGGCCUUAUCGGACAUGCAAUCUCCGCCGGGAAGAAAUCUGCAUGCGUUGGCGAGACGGAAAUUGGUAUUGGUCAGACGUCAGCCUGGCGAAUCAACUCCAUUACUCCUAGGACAUCUGCUGCCAUUUACUUCGAGGUCGUUACUCCUGCGGGCCAGGCAUUGUCUCCGGGAUCAAGGGGUCUCAUUCAAUUCGUCACUCAUUAUCAGCACUCGUCUGGGCAGAUGCGUUUGCGUGUCACCACGAUAGCUCGAAAUUUUGCAGAAGCGAACUCUCCUAGCAUCGCUUCUUCCUUCGACCAAGAAGCCGCUGCCGUACUUAUGGCAAGGAUAGCAGUCUUCAAGGCUGAAAUAGACGACUCACCAGACGUUUUACGUUGGCUCGACCGCAUGCUCAUCCGUCUCUGCCAGAAGUUCGCAGAUUACAGAAAGGAGGACCCUGUCAGCUUUAGACUGACGGAUAAUUUCAGUAUCUAUCCACAGUUCAUGUUCCAUCUCCGGAGAAGUCAGUUCUUACAGGUGUUCAACAACAGUCCCGAUGAGACUGCAUUCUACAGACAUAUUCUCAACGAAGAAGACGUCAACAACUCGUUGAUCAUGAUCCAACCUACGCUGAUGUCAUACACAUUCGAUGUCGAGCCCCAGCCUGUCUUGCUCGACAGCGUCUCUAUCAAACCCGAUGCCAUCCUCCUUCUCGACACCUUCUUCCAUAUUCUUAUUUUCCACGGUGAAACGGUGGCCCAAUGGAGGAAGGCAGGUUACCAAGAUCAGGAUGGGUACGAGAACUUCAAAGAGCUGUUGGAGAACCCUGUUACAGAUGCUCAGGACUUACUGGUCGACCGCUUCCCUAUACCACGUUACAUCGUCUGCGACCAGGGUGGCAGUCAAGCUCGAUUCCUGCUAUCGAAGCUCAAUCCGUCGACGACACACAUGUCGACAUCGAUGUAUGGCACUGCACAAGCCGCGGGCGCUGGCCAGGCGAUCUUCACCGACGAUGUCAGCUUGCAGGUUUUCAUGGAGCACCUGAAACGCCUGGCUGUGGGUGCACAGACAAACUAGAUUGUUGUUUGUCGACGGUUAGAUGUCGUUUUGUGCACUGGACGCUGUUUAUUUUUCCGCGUCCGAGCUAGCUUUUCGAUUAUAGUAAUGUUGGUAGUCUAUCGUAAAAUGUCCAUUUUUCUGGUUUCGUUGUCUCGAUGCUUUGUAAUUCGGAUGUGCAUACUGUUUGAGGUCCGCAAUCUUGUCUAAUCGGGG